AUGGCUGCCGCGGCGGUCGCGCGCGUGGCCAUCGCCGGCUCGGCGUCCAAGCCCCUACUGGAGGACCCCGAAGAGAGGAAGAAAAUGACGUUGGGUGAAAAAUUCAAGGCCUGGUUCUGCGCCAACCCGCUGGCCAACCUUCCGAUCUUGCUGCUCUUCAGCGCCGGCGUGGUCUGCAUCGUCGGGGCGGCCGUGGGCUGGCACGUGGUGGUGGCCGUGCUGGGCUUCGCGGCGCUGUCCUUCGGCGGCUACCAGAUCUGGGCGCUGCGCAACCUGAAGGCGGAGGUGGACCGGUUCUCGAAGGAGAACGCCAAGCUGGAGGAGACGGAGCAGAGCCUCAAGCAGCAAGUGUCCUUCCUGGAGACUCAAAAGGAAAAGCUUGGGACCCAAGUCGACAAGCUGGAGGGCACAGUCGUAGACCUGAAGGAAGCUGGAGACAAUCUAGCCAGUGAGCUGGAAGGCUUUGAGAAGCUGAAAGAAAACUGGGAGAAGUGGGCCGGUGAGACUGGCAAGGACGUCUCCAAGGUGCUGGAGAACGCCAACAAGAUCUACGAGAAGAUGCACGCCAACACUGUCAACAACGAGAAGGCUCUGUUGGGCAAGAUUGCCCAGGACCUGGAAUUUGCAGACAAGGACGUUGGCCUGUCAGAGACAGAGUUCAACAAGUGGCUGGAUCGCAUUCCCAAGAAGCAGAGGGACAAGUACAAGGCAUCGGGUUUCACCUAUGAGAGCAUAGCUGGAGCAGAUGGUACCAUCGACUUCAUGGAGAUUGAGAAUCUCAUCACCAAGCUCAUGGAGGAGAACACCGAGAAGCUAAAAGAGAUCAAGGUCACAAAGUGA